GCGUGACCCCUUCUACAAUCAAUGAAAAAUCUUAAUAAGAACUCGUUUGGUUAAUAACGAAUCAUUGUCAAUCAAAGUUGUUUUGCUGGUAUAGUUCGUAUCGAAAAGAAAAAUGCCUUCACCGUGCGACUCUUGCAAAGAUACCUGUUCUGACGGUAGAAGCAACUGCGGAUCUCAAUGCAAAUGCGGCAGUAAUUGCGAUUGCUCCAAAGGAAGCAAACAAUGCUGCUCAGACAAAGAUAAGAAAUGAAUGUUCCAAAUUGAGCUUCAUCGUAGUUUUCAACAAAGUAGCUUUUAAUAUCUCUGCUUUUUUUGUCCUUCAUUUAGUUGCUUGAAUAAUG